AUGGCGCUCGCCGGGUGCCUGCUGCUGCUGCUCUGGGCGCGGCCUGUGUCCGCGGUGACGGUGGACAAUGACAUCCUGGUUCUGUCCCAUAAGGGGAUCGGGGAGCCCUGUGAGGAAAACCUGGAGUGCCAGAGCGAGUGCUGCGUCACCAACAGCCUGAACCCCCAGAAGUUCUGCACGUCCCAGACCAUCCUCCUGCAGUGCCUGUCCUGGCGGAAGCCCAGCGGCUACUCGUGCACCGACAAGAAGGAGUGCAAGAGCAGCUGCUGCGUCACCAACAACUACAGCCCCUUCAAGUUCUGCACGCCCCGCAACAUCUUCUUCCAGUGCCUGGAGUGGCGCAAGCCCAACCACGACCACUGCGGGGACCACAAGGAGUGCCGCAGCCGGUGCUGCAUCCGCCUGACCGAGGCCAGCUCCCCGCGCUGCGUGCCCCGCAACGGGCUCCUGGCGCACUGCCUGCCCCCGGUGAGUGCCAUGACUCGGACAGGACCCGUGUGCCGCGGCCCUGACUCGCCGAUGGCCCCUCGGCAGGAGCUCCCGGCCGCCUUCACCAAUAAACUACUGAUGGAACCAAAGGAGAAUGAAGAGACCCGCUCCGCCCGGCGCAAUCCCAAGCUCGGCCACCAGGUGGCGGUGUGGGCCUUGGCGGGUCACAGGGACCUCAGGUGCCCCCAGGUGAUGUCCGUGCGGCUGUGCGAGCAACACCGAGACCCACAGAACCUCACGCGCGCGGCGCUGGCCCGCUGGGGGGACCACGCUGGACUGGCGUUGGCUGAUGCCCCCCCCGCCCGCCCGGGGCACCGGCAUGGCUGA